AUCAUGAAUAGACUAUCAGACGAGGUACGUGAUUUUUCCUUCCGCUUGUCGCAUGUCCUGGAUGAAAUAGGAGUGAAUAAAAGGACAGUUAUGAUGAGGAGAAGAACGGGACUUCUAAUGGAAAGUUUAUACACACUAAAGGAUUAUGUCAUCAGUAAAGGUGAUAUUACACAUUUCUAUUUUGGUAGUCAAACAGAGGGAACUACUACACUAGGACUUAAUGCUGAUAGAGAUACAUUGAUCUGCCCUAAUAUGUACAAAAUAAUACAAGACUGGCGUCAAUGGGAGCGAGGUAAAGCAAACUUACUGAUGCUUCGGGACAAUGUAGCACCAGGUUAUUGUAGACUUCAGGUGUUAAGGUCUGAUAUUGCUGCAGCAUGGGAAGAUUUACCUACUGAUGACUGUGAAUAUGAUGAUGAAGGGCGAGUACUGGUGAAAAAUACACUUUUUCAUAAUGAUGAUAUGGGAAUGAUACGACAUGGUCCUGCUUCAUCAAAUGCAUAUUUGAACGCUGAUUAUGUGAAGGGUUUGCCUUGUAAGAGCUGGCCAACAGAAGCUUUACCUUGGGUAACAAGAGCUGCAGAAGACACAUGGUCUGAUAGGAAUCUCAAGUGUUUUGCAGUAAACAGUGGGUGCUUUGUCGUGCCUACUGGACACUGCUUGAGUGAAACUGAAAGACUAGAGUGGAGAAUCUCUACGUCUUUAGCAGAACGUUGUGUGAUGUUCAACAUGAAUAUUACACAGAUCAAAUGUUACGUUGUUCUGAAAAUGAUAAUGAAAGCAUUUCUUAAUGACAUUCUGACAAGCUAUCAAUGUAAAACUGUUCUAAUGCAUUUAGUUGAAAUAAUAAGCCAAGAACUAUGGAUGGAGGAAAAUCUUGUUUCUUGUAUCAUGAUGAGCUUGCGACUUCUGCAGUUAUGCGUAUUCACAAAUAAUUGUCCACAUUACUUUAUUCCAGAAAAUAAUUUACUAGAUGGGCGGCUGGAUCUAGAAACAAGACAUAAUGUAGUACAUGCCAUAGGAAAUAUAAUUGACAGUAAUUGUAUCGCGAUUUUAGGGAUAAAGAUAGAUAAUAUUGGCUUGCGACUUUUUGCAACGUACAAUCCUUUCAAUAUGAGAAAUAAUAAGUUUAUGUCACCACACAUGAAUACAUACAGAGUGGUACAUUAUGACCUUUAUCGAUUAUUUCAUAAAUACUUUCAAGCUAUGGUAGAUCGUUUUAAUACCAGUAAUACUCACACAUUGAAUUUUGAUGAUAUGAAAUACGGCUUUCGGAAAGUGUUGCAAUUUCGUGAAAAUGGUAGCUGCUCUGAUCGUGUUGCAGCCGAGAUGACGGCACCUUUACUAUGUACAACAAUGGGUACAAAAUUAGCAUCUGCUGACAUAUCACGUGGUCAGUGUAUUUCUGCCGAAUCAUUACAAUGGCUGUCGUUAGGUAUUGACUCUGAUGUUGCAUCAGGACGUCUGAAACUAGCGUCUGUUCUAUUCUGUUCUGGGGAUAUAGGCAAGGCAUCAGUCAUUCUCAAUGAUGUGGAACAAAGGUAUGAUACCAGAACUACUCAACCGAUUUGUGCUUGCGACAGUACACCCAUCCGUGAUGAUAUGUGCGACCUAAGAUUUUCAGAUAAUUGUUUUUUAAGUAAUGAUAACAAAACUUUAAUGAACACAAAUGUUGCCUUUGGGGUGGUUUUCACUCGAGAUGAGAAACGUUGUGUAUCAACUGCUUUGCAAUAUGAAAUGUUCAGAUGUACAGAAGAAGAACUGCGGACAAGAGAUAAGCAUUGUCAUUGGAUUGACUGGGCGGUUGUUGAUUCCCUUCCAUACCUUUACUACCUCCAGUACAUGACAUACAGAAGACUGGACAAUCACCUUGGUCAACAGAGAGCUCUAUGCAGACUGAUUCAUACGAUUGAUUCAGAGCCCAGCCUCUCCCAUAGGGAAACAGCCCUGAAUCUACUCGGUCAGUGUAUGGAACUUGAAGACAGAUUAGUGGACGCGUUCACUUGUUACAAGCGGUCGUUGGACAUGAAGCCUACUCAUAACGUGGCCAGAUGGCAUGUGGUUAAACUGCUAUAUAGAUUUUUGUAAAAGUGUCUAAGAUUGUAUCCAGUAACAUUACAUGUUCGCUUUUGCUGGAUUAUUCUUUAAGCAAAAACAAACGUUUGAAUAUCCUGUGUACUAUUUUCUUUGCAUUUACGAGUAGUAUCAAGGGCACAUACUCUGGUCAUAUCAACCCAAAGUUUUAUAAUAAUCUAACCAAUCUAAGAUUAUGAGGUCGUACACAUUUUUUUAUAAAUAUAAUUAGUAUCAAGGCAGAAAUGAAAUCGCUAAAUGUAAACAAAGUGAAGUAUAACAAAUUCUGUCCAUCAAGGGCACAUAAACCCGGACAUGAUUCGAUCUAACCAAAAACGAAACUCAUUCGAGGUAUUGUUAUCAAAAACAUUUUGACCAAGUUUGAUUAAGAUUUCUUACAAAUUUCGGAUGUUGGAGUGGAAACAAACUAAAUGUGAUUAGACGGACGGACGUCGGACAUUCAUCGAUCCUAACAGCUCAACAUGAGCCUUCGGCUCAGGUGGGCAAAAAUAUUUGUAUCAUAUUUUGCAAUAUCACUCAUAUCAGCAUCAUUUCAACAAAGUACUGCACAAGUGUUAGCAAUGUUAGACAUUAACUAAAUUAUAUGUUUUACCAGACUUAUGUAGCACUUUUGUAUAAAGACGCUUUACAUAGCAAGGCAGCCGCUAUGAAAGUAAAAAUCCUUCUCUAUCAGUUCGUGAUGUGUCUGUACUGAUAGAGAAGGAAGUACAGACACAUCACGAACUGAGCAGAGGGACAGAGUGAAAGCUCAAAUAACCAGUACAGGGAACUUAGAAAUGGAAACUUAGUACACUAAGAUGUUCAGUUCAUGAUUUGGAUAUUGAAAGAGGGCGAUAUAAUAAUAUAUCUAGGCAUCAACGUAUUUAUAUACUUUGUCAAAACGAUAUAGAAAAAGAAUAUCAUUUUGUUCUUAAAUGUCCUGUGUAUAGCGACCUCAGGCAUAAGUAUAUUCCUCACAAAUUCUUUACGAAUGUCAAUGUACACGUGUUCUAUAUAUAUUGAUGUCUUCUUCAAAUGAAAUUGUUGUCAAUAAUUUAUCAAUGUAUAUAUGGUAUGCAAGCAAACUCCGAAAAGAUCUUUUGAACUGACUUGUACAUGUAUGUAGACUUAUGUACCAUACACCACAUUGUCAAUAAGUGUAAUAUAUAUUUUGUUAUAUCAUGUUGUCAUGGGCCGGCGGCCUUCAGCAAUACCGCAGCGGAGCCAUAUUUCACCUAAUUUAACAUUCAGUCCCCGGUCCGAACUGACCAAUGCCGGACAAUUAAAAACCCACAGGUUUUAUCAAAGAUACAAGCUGAAAAUCUUUUAAAUCUUUAGUUAAACCGAAUGAAAACCUCUGGUUUAACCAAAAAAAAAGAUUUAGUCUUUGGUCCGAACUGACCCCUUGUCCCUAUUCUAAAAAAUUCAAUGCUGGACAAUUAAAAACCCACAGGUUUUAAACCCAGUUAAAACCGACUAAAAAGUUUUAAAUACAUAUGAUAUAGAUGAGUUUACAGAAUAAAAUAUAUUGUUUGAAAGAAAGAAGAUUUACUGAUAAUAUAAAUCCUCAUUAUGUUACAACAAAAAACGGGAGAAAAAUGAUAAAAGCUACUUGUUCAUCUUGUGGAAAAAUGAAAUCAAAGUUUGUUAAAAGUACAGGGGGUAAUUUAGAUAUUCACAAAGCAAUGUUACCUUUAUUACCUAAGAAAGGUUUAACACUCCCAGGAUAUAAUUAUUGUGGGCCAGGAAAUCCCCUAGAUAAUGGACCCCCUGUCAAUGAACUGGAUGCAGUAUGUAUGGACCAUGAUUUUUGCUAUGACAGUGGUGUAAAAAAGGGUACAUGUGAUAAGCAAAUGCUUUCCAAUUUAAAUAAAACUAAAUCAAAAACAUUUGGAGAAAAGAUUGCAAAACAUUUAGUUGUAAAACCAGCUAUCAAAACGAAAUACACACUUGGUCUCGGACAAAAAUCAAAAAACGGGAAAAGGGGGUAGAGUAUACCCCCAGAAUCACAUGGAGCGAUGAAUUAGCAGAAGAAUUACACAAACCAAUUAAACGAAAAUUUAGGAAACGAAGAGUGAUAGUUAAUGACAUUGAUGAUACUUGGUCAGCUGAUUUAGUUGACAUGCAAGCUUUUUCAAAAUAUAAUAAAGGAGUAAAGUACUUGUUAACCGUUAUUGAUAUAUUUAGUAAAUAUGCUUGGGUUAUUCCAUUAAAGAAUAAAACUGGAGAAUCUGUUACUGAAGCAUUUGGAAAAAUAAUUUUAGAAGGACGAUUACCAGUAAAUUUAUGGGUAGAUGAAGGAAAAGAAUUUUAUAAUAAAAAGUUUGAAUCAUUUUUGAAUAAAAAUAAAAUUAACAUGUACCAUACAUUUAAUGAAGGAAAGGCUGUAGUAAUAGAAAGAUUUAAUAGAAGUUUAAAAAGAAUAAUGUGGAAAUAUUUUACAGCAAAUAAUACUUAUACUUAUUUAGAUAAUUUGCAGGAUAUGGUUGAUAAAUAUAACAAAACAAAACAUUCUAGUAUAAAAAUGACACCAAUCGAAGCUAGUAAAAACUUAAAUAAAGGUACUGUUUACUUUAAUUUAUAUGGUGAUUUAAAAAUACCAAAGAGUAAAGCAAAAUUUAAAAUUGGUGAUCGAGUUCGCUUAAGCAAACUUAAAAGACAUUUUGAAAAAGGAUAUACACCAAACUGGACAGAGGAAAUAUUUAUAAUUUAUAAAAUUAAUAAUACAAAUCCCAGAACAUACUCUAUUAAAGAUUUAAAUAAUGAAAUAAUUCAAGGUUCAUUUUAUGAAC